CGACCUGUCGAGAGCUUUUGAUCUGGUUUCUUAUGACAUCUUGUGGAAAAAGCUCGAAAAUUUUCAAUUACCAUCAGAGCUCAUAAAUAUCUGCAAAUAUUGGUAUGGAAAUCAGCUCAAUAGCGUGCGAUGGGCGGGGACUAUGUCGCAGUCAUACAGAUUGGAGUGUGGUGUGAGGCAAGGAGGGUUGUCUUCGCCGGUACUAUUUAAUCUGUAUAUUAAUGAUCUGAUUGUUGCUUUGAGUGGUACCCGUGUCGGCUGUCACAUAGACGGCAUUAAUGUUAAUAAUAUAAGUUAUGCUGAUGACAUGGUGCUGCUUAGCGCGUCGAUAUGUGGGCUUAAAAAACUCGUGGCUAUUUGCGAGUCAUAUGCUGCAUGCCACGGACUGAUAUACAAUGCUGUGAAAAGUGUGGUCAUGGUCUUUGAGAGCAGAGGCAAAAACUCAAUAGGCUUUCCAGAUAUUAAACUUAAGGGUAUAGCGCUGAAGAGGGUGUAUAAAUUUAAAUAUUUAGGACAUCAAUUGGCCUCGGAUCUCAAAGAUGAUGAUGACAUUGAACGGGAGCGGAGGGCGCUGGCGGUGAGGGCGAAUAUGAUAGCACGCAGGUUUGCGCGGUGCUCUGGACAAGUUAAAAUUACGUUAUUUAGAUCACAUUGCACAUCUUUUGCAAUGGGCUGUAUAUACUCAAAAAUCCUACAGCGACCUCCGUAUCCAAUAUAA